ACAUGUCUGCCUGUCCUGGGGUACCGAGGGGAAACCCAUUCUGUUUUUAAAAUCGGUGUACAACAAACAAACAAACAAACAAUAACAACAAAAAAACUUAAAUUAACCGUCAAUAGCAACACAACAUAGUCGCACUUCGGUUUAUGUAUGUCAAUAUUUCGUUUCUGUUUAAUGUGAAGGAGGAGAAAAGUAACACUCUUGUUGUUUGGCUUCAGGUUGUUCAUAUUAGUUUAUCAUGGGUGGCAUAGAUGCUGGGGAAAAAAAUGAUAGAUUGUCUCCGGACGCCAGAAAGGAAUCUGAAGCGCCCAAGCCUCCUUGUUCUGUUGAAGAUUUCACGGUUGUGAAACCCAUAAGCCGCGGGGCAUUUGGGAAAGUGUACCUGGCGAGAAAGAAAAGCAACUCGAAGCUCUAUGCCAUAAAGGUUGUCAAGAAAGCAGACAUGAUUAUUAAGAACAUGGUUGACCAGGUGCAGGCUGAGAGAGAUGCCCUGGCUCUCAGCAAAAGCCCCUUUGUUGUCAAUCUGUAUUAUUCUUUGCAAACAUCUAAAAAUAUUUACCUGGUAAUGGAGUACCUCAUUGGGGGAGAUGUUAAAUCUCUUCUUCAUAUAUAUGGUUACUUUGAGGAAGAAAUGGCAGUUAAGUACAUCUCAGAAGUUGCACUAGCUUUGGACUAUCUUCAUAGACAUGGCAUCAUACACCGGGACCUGAAGCCAGAUAACUUGCUUGUUUCUAAUAAUGGACACAUAAAGUUGACAGACUUUGGUCUGUCCAAAGUGAACCUCAAUAGAGAGAUAAGCGUGCUGGAUAUCAUGACAACACCAUCCUUAGUAAAGUCGAAGCAAGAUUAUUUUCGUACCCCUGGACAAGUGUUGUCACUUAUAAGCUCAUUAGGCCUUCACACAGCUGAAAGGAGGGCAGCAGUGACUGCUUCAGCACUUGCAAGCCCCUUGACUUGGGAGAAUAUGCAGCGUUUUAGAGGGUCACCGUCGCCUUGCUCUCCAAUGCUGAAAAGAAGCAAAGAACCCUUUCAUAAUCCUCCUGUUGGCAGUACCAAAAAACUCCAGAUAUCUUACCCUGUCAGUUCCACUUUCAGUCCUGGUGUACCAGCUAAGUGUCUCACCCCAAAGUUCUUGAAGUCGAGAAAAAGGUUUGCAACCUCCAGUGCCAGCAGCCAGUCCUGCCUCUUCCCCUCCACCACAGAUUCAGAAAGCUGCACCAGUCCACUGUGGGAGGCUGAUCUGCAGGAAACAGAGGGGAUAGAGAACUUGCCAAAUCCUUUUGGCUGUGAUGGAAUUGCCACGGCAAUACCUGGACAAUGUAUUUCAAUGAAGUUACUCGGGAGCAACAGAAUUAGUGACUUAAGGAAAGUGGACAGGCAUUCCGUGCUUGCGCCCAUCGAUAAUCUUGAGAGAGGAAACCCUGAAUGCAGCUCUAAGGGUCAAUGCAGAAAAUCCCUUUAUGAAAGUGAGAACUGGGAACAAAAAAAGCUGCAGUUUAACAAAACAGAGUCUGUUACAGCACCAAAAAUCAAAUCAGCAAAUCUCCAAACACCACGCCAAGUUACCUCUCAUUGUAUGUCACCCUUAGCAAAAGCUGCUGCUUCUACUGCUGAUGGUGAUUCUGGUCUGCAAGAAGAGCAUGGUAAGAAGAUGGGAGCUGGGAAAAGAGGGUUUGAGCUUGUAGGCAAAAGUCCUGACCAGGUUUUUAAUCAGAGUAAGAGAAGCAAUGCUGAGUAUAAACGAGGGUGUGGACUACCAGAAGCAAAGUCUAACUUCAGCACCGGCUUAACCAUGGAGAUAGAGGCUCUAAUGCUUCAAGGCAUCAGAAGCGAGACAGCUGAAGAGAAAAAUGCAGUGAGCUCCAGCCAUGUUCCUGUUAUUAAAAACCUGCUGUGUGAGCUAGAUGAAACCAGUGACAGGGCUAACCUCAAAGAAGCUAUGAACUCCAGUUUUUUGUCAGUGGAAGAGAAUGGGAGACAGCUGAGGAGAAAUCUGAGUCUGGGCUCUGAUUGCUCGCUUAAUGAUAUGUCAUUUAUCGAAAACCAGCAUGAAAACGAAAUAGCAGAGCUGGACAAAAGCAUGAAAGAUGUGUCCUUUGAGAAUUCCACAGCUGAAGACAGUGGAGGCUCACCAGUUUAUAGAAGGGACAGUGUACCUUGUGCCGAUGGUCCAAACUCUCUCGAUCUCACUGGGGAGCCGAUCGCAAAAAGCAACACAGAAAACUUUUUUGAUUGCCAGCCGUUGCAAUCCUCAGUGGCAAUGAAACCUCCAGCCAUCUUAAAACACAGGAACGUUGUGGUAUUUCGAAGUUAUUGCAGCUCGAUAAACAGGUCGAAUGUGUCGGCUGCCUCGCGAAUGAGCAUGGGCUCCAUGGAAGGGAUAGAAACCUCUGCAGGUUCCCUCAGUGGUUUGACAAUGGCUGUUACCCCAGCACAGACGGGCAGGGCAGCCAGAACAUCUGCUUCACUGUGUCAGACCCCCGGGCAGACGUCUUCUCAGACCCCUUUCAGAACACCGAAGAGCGUGCGCCGAGGACCAACUCCAGUGGAAAGAGAGCGCAUCCUGGGAACGCCCGACUACCUGGCUCCGGAGCUGCUCGCAGGAAAGCCCCAUGAUUUUAUGGUAGACUGGUGGGCUCUUGGUGUGUGUCUGUUUGAAUUUCUGACUGGAGUUCCUCCAUUCAAUGACGAAACUCCCCAGCAAGUUUUUCAAAACAUACUCAACAGAGAUAUACCUUGGCCAGAGGGUGAAGAGGAAUUGUCGCAGGAUUCAAAGUUUGCCAUAGAGGCCCUGCUGACCACUGAUGUUGCUCAAAGGGCAGGGCUAAAAGAGCUAAAACAACAUUCCCUUUUUGAUGGUCUGGACUGGGAUAAUCUACAAAACCAGGCGAUGCCCUUCAUACCCCAACCAGAUGAUGAAACCGACACCACCUACUUUGAUGCCCGAAACAAUGCCCAGCACCUUACUGUUUCUGGUUUUAGUCUAUAGUGUAUAUACAAACUAUUUGUGUAUAAAAUGCGAAGUGUAAGUUCUUGUGAACCUCCAGAAGUAUACAAGGAGAAAGGAGUGGGUAGAAACAUAGUAUCUCUACUGCCAACUUUGAACUGAAGCGUCAAAAUCUAUUUAGAUCUGGGAUGUGCAAUUACAACAAACCCCACAGUACUGCCCACUGCUUACCCCAAAACAUAUUCUUGAACAAUUCAGGUAGGGUGUUGGGUAAGUGUUGUGCCAAAUCCAUGUUUUGGGCAUGGUGUCUUACAAAGGAACAGUGUAUUCGUACAGUCUAGACUCUUAAGAGAAACCAAUCCAAUUUUAACACUACAUAUCGUUGUCGAGGUGUGGUAUGAGGAAAUCAGUAGAUUAAUAACAGAAAGGCAAAUUGAGUUUGAAUUGGGAUAGGGAAUGGUUCAAAUAAAGUAUUGUAUGCAGGAAUAUAAGGUUCUAUCAGAAAUGUGUUUUUUUGACUAAAAUAUUCAAGAUAUGAAUUUACUGCCAACCAGUGUAACCCUUUACAUGGAGCAAUGAGUAGAUCUACAUGUACAGUAGGAUAUGAUAUAAACACUAAAAUCCAGUUGUUCUAUGCAAAUUAAAUUAAGUUUUGUAUGUAGGAAAUCCCAUUUUGUCGUAAAUCUCUAAAAACAAAGUGUCAAAGCUAUUUACUCAUUCAUCAUUACCACCAUUUUUUUCAGUCAGGAGAAUCGCAUCCAAUAAAGCUUCCAAACCAGAAA